AAAAUGUGUUUUGCCUAUGUCACGAAAAGAGGUAAAUCCGGCCCUGUCCAUCGGUGACAGAAACAGUUGCAAAAUACGGCACGUGUCACAUUUCAUUCUUGGGUAAAUGAUCCCUUUAAGGAAAUGUAUAACAGGCAAUCAAAUCAUUGUGAAAAUGUGAAAGGUCCAAAGGUUUUCUGCAUCCAGAUGAACAUCUCAUUGGGUAUUUGCCAUUAUUUGUUUUUCUUCUUGUCUAGUUCCUGGUAUAGAGACCAGAUGUAGCUUAGCACCAGCUGUGGACAUACUGGCCUACAGUGAGAGAGAAUGGAAGGGAAACACGACCAAAAGCGCUCUCAUCAGAAAGUGAGAUGUCCCGUAGCUUUAGCGGUCUGAGGAGAGUCAGAGGCGAUAACUACUGUGCCCUACGAGCCACACUGUAUCAGGUGCUGGCAAACAGCACAAAUAUGCCCACCUGGCUGCAGGAUGAAGGCUUUCUAUUAUUACCAGAGAGGAUUGAAGCUCAGGAGCAUUUGAUUGCUAGAUGGGUGUUUCCUUCUGAAUGCAAGUCAGGAAGUGAGAAGGAAAGUUCUGUGGAGAGACUGAAAUGUUAUUUGGAUCUCCUUAAGAAGAAGUGGCAGGCAGCAGUGGCCUGUGAGAGCCCAGAGGAGAAGAGGAGGGAGGAGAAGAGGAGUAUGGUCUUCUGGAAGCACUAAAGUUUCUAAUGCUGGCCAAAGCUGUUGAGCUUCAUCAAAACAUGAUGGCAGAUCAAGAAGUGCCUGUGUUCUGCUGGCUUCUUUUUGCCCGCGACACAUCAGAAACCCCCCAAACCCUUCUAGCCAAUCACCUGAGCCAGAUCGGCUUCAGUGGAGGGGUAGA